ACAAGGUAAAACCGUUCAGUUUUCACUGAUAUGUCCGCCCGGGAACUUCGUUUCAAUUUAAUAUAAAAAAAUAUGACAAGUUUGAAAGUUAGUUAAAGGAUACACGAUCUUGGUAACGUCACUCUGACGUAUCUCAUCUUUGUUUUUAAAGCGUUUAUUAUGACGGCUUAAACGUGGAUUGUAAAAGUCGGACAUGUUCGAAUGGGGGCAAAUGAACUCAAAUGUUUUGAAAACUGUUAUAUUUGUUUAACUUUGAAAUUAGCACAACAACUUUUAAGCUUUGUUACCAUGGAAACAGGGUAAACAAAUACGUGUUUGAGUGGUUUCUGGAAUGGCGGCGGUGGGCAACCCAACGUUAGCGCCCAACGUGGAGUACAUUGUUAUCACGUUUUGGGACAAGAUAUACAUAGUGUGUGGUGCUGCCGCCCUGCUGCUGUUGCUGCUGCUGUGUAUGUUGUGUAUUCUGUGUCCGGAGUGCUUCUGCCCCUGCUGCGUGGAGGACGAGAAAAAGCGUCAGUUUCAAAGGGAUAGCGACAAGUCAGCAUCGCAAAGGUCCAACGCCAGCAAAGGGAGUUAUGGCUCCACGGAUUCUGACUUUAUGUAUGGUUCAGGCGACAUCAAAGAUAGCGGACCAAUCAGGUGGAUGCCGCUUGACGUCAUCAGGGAGCAGACCACGGAUUGGUCGUCUGAUGCCAGCAGUGGACAGGACGUCAUUUCCCUGGACAGGAACAAGAAAAGGAUCGGGUUUCUCCCUAACGGCAGUCAGAACGGUGACGUCCAUCCCCCUGGUACGCCUCCCGUGCUGGAGAAGGGGGAGAUCCACUUUGCCCUCAGCUACGUACAGACAGAGGAAAAGCUCGUCAUAAAGAUAAACGAAGUCAAAGACGUUGUUCUGACUGAAAACCAGCAGUUGAUCAGCCCAUAUGUCAGGGUGUGCUUAUAUAGGUCACCCAAACAGUUCUUUACUUUCCGGGACGGUGGGAAGACGGAAAAGAAUAUCACAAACUUGGAAAAAGAGUUGAAGACCCGCAUGAAACGCCCCAGUGAUGUGUUAGCUUACAAGGAAACAUUUGAGAUUCCAAUGGAUUUGGAAUCCUUGAAGUCAAUGACAAUAAACAUUCUUCUGUGUGAUAUGGAUAAAUUCUCGCGUCACGUCACACUUGGCGAGAUUUCAGUGAAUCUUAAGAAGGCGAAUUUGUUGAACAUACAAGAGAGAGAAUACUCCGAGGAUUUUUCGGAACCAAAUAAGGAGAAUCUAGGAACACUAACUCUGGGUACAAGUUACCUGCCCACGUCUGAGAAGCUGUACCUGACAGUGGAGUCAAUGAAGGACCUGCGGAUCAUUGACAAAAACAGCGGAACAACGGACGCCUGUGUUAAGAUCUAUCUGAUGUAUGAAGGAAAACAACUGAAAAGAGUGAAAACCACGGUCCGUAAAAACGACACCAACCCAGUGUUCAACGAAAGUUUCUCUUUUGACGUCCCGCAGACGGAGAUUGAGAAGGUUUACUUCUCGCUCGUAAUCUGCCACUACAAUGGUGAAAAGAAGGGGACGAAACUCAUUGGGCGAAUAUAUCUGGGUACGAAUUUUGGACCGGAAGCGCGCGACUUUUGGGGCAGCAUGAUUCAGAACCCGAGAAAGAAAAUAGUGAAGACAUUUGACAUCAGUAGUUAAUAACGUAUGCCUUUAAAUGAAACGAACUAUUUGGGUGAAAAGUGACAUAGCCACAGGGACUUUCGAGAAUACAUUUAUGACGGUCUUAAGGAAUAUGUACAGUUGUAAUGGUGAAAUCGAUGUGUACUACCGUUAUCAUUCUCGGCACCCAGCGUAUCAUAAACUAUAUGAUACAACUGCAACUUCUGCAACUCGGGCGAAUUUCUCGCACAUGUAAGAGAACAUUCACUUGGAAUACAACUGUUGUUGUCUAAAACUUAAUUUGACACCUAAAUAUAAUUUUAAGACAAUAUACAGGGUUAUUUCGGCUUAAAAAACUACAUGUCGGAAACUUGUCAAUCAGAGAUGUACAACUUAUGUUUAUAUUGUUACCAAGGGAUAGCUUUUUUCAUUUUAUUUUUUAUAACGCAAGAAAUAUUCUCAAACAUAAUUAUAGUCGUUUACAAUACAAGAAAAAUACUGCAGCGCAUACAAUAUAUGGAGAAAAUAUGAAACUUUAAUCAUUGUUUCGUAUCGCAUAAUACUUGUCUGUAUUGUUAAAAAUAAUGAGUUUUGAGUGGUAACCCACGCAAAAAUUGUAUACCAAAAUGUCGGAUUUUAUAAUAAUGAUGUUAUUUGAAAAGAAAGAGCCUUUCUGUAUUUUAAGUAUGGCUAGGGAGAGAAAAGUAAAAUGAAGACUGCAAAUGGUGUAAUGAAGGAUGUAUUCAUGCAUUAAUUUAGUUAUUCAAGAGAAGAUUUUAGUUCCCAUGCAUAUUUAUCGCAUCCUUUUUAUCAUUCUUUCCUAAACAUACUUUUUUGGUUGCAAUUCAAUAAAGAAGUUUUUUUUUUAUUUGAAGUGUUUCCAAUAUGAGCACCAAGAUGUCAUAUAGGACACCAGAUUGCCCAUCUGUCCAAACUUCACGUAACUGUGCAUUAAGUAAGAGGUAAACGGACAUAUCUUUGUAACAAUCAUUGACACUAUAUUUGAAUGGUCACAAUUGUAUGUUUAUUUGCACAAGCGAUGAUUAUUCAAUCAUUGCAGCAUUUGGAUUUCAUGUAAUGGUUUUUGUUUUACAUAAGUAUGCUCCCGUUGCUUUCCACAUGUCGGACGAUAGAACAAACCUUUUGUGAUUGAUAAAGCGAGAACUCCUUUGCUUUAGGUCCUCCAACUUGGUGGAUAGAUUGACCGUGACCAGCAUAUGACCCUAUUGAUUUUGAGGUCAGAAGGUCAAAGGUCACUAUGACUUUUAACACAAAUGGCUGUCCGAGUGAUAACUAGAAUAUAUACUUGGGCAUACUGUCCUCAAUUUAAAUGGAGGUUGGUCAUGACCAGAAUAUGACCCUGUUGAUUUUGAGGUCUGAAGAUCAAAGGUCAUUAUGACAUUUAACACAAAAUGGCUGUCCGAAUGAUAACUAGAUUAUAUGCUUGGGCAUACUGUCCUCAAUUCAAAUGGAGGUUGGUCAUGACCAUCAAUGACCCCUAUCUAUUUUGAAGGAAAAGGUCACGGUCGCGGUGACCUUGAACACAAAUAGCUUUUUCGAUUGAUAACUCGUUUUUCUUGGUGCUAAUUAAGGUCUUCGACCUUGGUAGGGAGUUUGGUCAUGACCUGCAGAUGACCCCGAUUGAUUUUGAGCAUGGAUUUCAAUGUCACAGCGACGUUGGACACAAAAGCUUGUUCAACAUUCUUAAGAGACCGCUUAAACCCAAAAGCCCAUACGUUUGGUGGGGAGGUUGGUCGUGCCGUAUAGUUUCAGAAGGUAAAACCCUCUCAUUUGUAGGUCAACAUCAGAUCAAAGGUCUAGAUCACAAGAUUGACUACAGUCAUGGUCAGAUUACUAAAAACAACUGAACUAUUUUGCCUGGAAGCUGCAAGAAAUUAACCAUAAUUAUUGCCAUUUUACCAUAAACAGUGUGUGUAUACCACGUGAUAAAUUACGUCAUAUAUGCUACGUCGGAAGGCAACAUUUUGCAUAAAAUGAAGACUUAAAUCAAAGAUAACUUUUCUUUUACUACUCCAUUUUAAAUAAAACAAAGGGCAGCCUAUGCCACCUAAAGAGCUCAGCCACCGUUUUAUCUAAAUGUUGAAGAUAUAGUGAAGUUAUCUUUGUUUUAAGUCUUCAUUCGAAGCAAAAUAUUGCCUUCCGACGUAGCAUUUAUGACGUAAUUUAUCACGUGGUAUACACACACUGAUAAACAUAUACAUGUAGGUUACCACUUCAAUUGACCUUUAAGCAGCCAUCUGUGUAUCUGUAUAACUUGCAGUGCUAAUAUUCUUAGUUUUUAUCAUCCAUUAAACCACUUUACAGCUGUCAUGGGGUGCAUACAUGUUUUACUGAUACCUAUAACUCAUUAACUCUUAUAAAAGCAUUUCAGAAUGGCCAUUAAAUAUCCAUACUAUUCACAAGCCUUGAAAGGAUCUUGGUCAUGACCUUCAAUUACCACACAGAAAUUCAAUGUGAAAAUACUAAGCUUACAUGUUACUAGCAUCGCUUGUUAGAGAAAGUAUAAUUAUUCAGUGGAACUUUUUCUAACACUCUGUGCAAAACCUCAUUAAAUCAUGUAAUAAUUGGUAUUAAUUUGUUUUCUGGAAAUAGUAGACUGUCUGUAAAUUCUUUACGUAAUUAAGCACAUGUUCUGUUAAAUGUUAGCUUAGUACAGAUGUACAGCUUACCAUGGCAAAAUGUACAAGUUCAAGGUUCUUUUCUUAUGUGAUUUUGAGGUUGCGGAUUAGUUACUUGUUAGAAUGUUAUAGAAUGAAAUAAACAUGUACAGAUGGUG